UGUCCUGAACUGUCCCUGUUGUGUGCACUGACCACCUGUGUUCUGAACUGUCCCCAGUGUGUGCACCGACCACCCAUGUGCUUAACUGUCCCUGCUGUGUGCACCGACAACCCGUGUUCUGAACUGUCCCCGGUGUGUGCACCGACCACUCGUGUCCUGAACUGUCUCCGCUGUGUGUGCACUGACCACCUGUGUCCUGAACUGUGCCUGCUGUGCACACUGACCACCCGUGUUCUGAACUGUCCCCGCUGCAUGCACCGACCACUCGUGUCCUGAACUGUUUCUGCUGUGUGUGCACUGACCACCCAUGUCCUGAUGGCAUGCCCGGAGUAUAGCUACCUGUGGUGCCCGAAUUGCCGUCUGUUGCCCGAGCCCCUGUCCAGGGGUAGAUUGACGCCUGUUG